UAUAAAAGAUCACAUGAAUUUUUAUGUUUUCAAAUUCCAUGUUAUUAAGUCUAUAAAUGGAAAGACAUUUUUCAUGCAAUCUCUCUGACGCCGACUACUGCAUUUCUUAUUGACGUGAGUUGUUUCCUUUUUCUUUAAUAAGUAGCAAAUGUAAUACAAAUUGUUCUGGUAUUUAGGGAUUGAGAGUAAGAAUGGGAAGGGUAAGGCUAAGCAUGAAGCGAGUGGAGAGCAAUAGUAAGAGGCAAUCCACUUAUUGCAAACGAAGAUGUGGAAUCCUGAAGAAAGCCCAGGAGAUUUCUGUGCUAUGUGAUAUAGAUAUUAUCCUCCUUUUGUUUUCCCCAACUGGAAAACCAACGCUACUUCAAGGCGGAACAAGCAAUUUUGAUGAAAUAAUUGCAAAAUUUGCUCAAUUGACUCCUCAAGAAAGGGCAAAAAGGAAGUUGGAGAGCCUUCAAACAUUGAGGAAGACUUUUAAGAAGCUUGACAACGAUAUAGGCGUGCCAGAGUUUCUAGAUGCUAGUGAUCCAUCAGUUGAAGAAUUGCAAAGCCAAGUGAAAGUUGUGCAAUCUCAGCUUACUGAUUUAGAAAUGAGACUCAACUGGUGGAGCAAUCAUGAUAAGAUAAAUAAAGUGCAAGAUCUCGCGCUGAUGGAGUGUGCACUAAGGGAGUCACUUAAUGCAGUUCAUGUUCGGAAGCUCCAGAACACGACACAUUUGCAUCUUUUGAUAAACAGUGAAGUAGAUGGGCAAACUCAUCCAUGGCAUCCAGAAAAUAAAAUCCUGCACAUGCCAUUCCCUCAGACACCAAACAUUCUACCCCAGGAAAAUAUGGGAUACUCUGGAGAUAAUUCAGUUGCUGAAUCUUCUCAUGUUCUGGACUCUGGAAAAGUUGAUCAAGCAAGACAGGCCACAACUGCAAUGCUAGAUAACAGUGUCUUGAAUGAUCUAAAUAGUAUAGCAUGCUUGAGACAGCAACUAAGUGAGCAGUAUUCAUACAACCCCAAUGAUAAUCUUGAUCUACUGGAAAGGAAAAUAUUGGAUCCUCAAAGUGAUGCCAAUUUGAAAGGAUAUUUGAUGGAUUAUGAAUUUCAAAGAAACUUUAACCUAACAAGGUCUGUGGAUUCAGUCAAUUAUAGUGCAGCUGAUGCCGUUGUUGUUCCAGAUUUCGAUGAAAAAUCAUAUGCACAGCCAGCAACUUCCAGUGAUUAAACAUUUGAGAUAAGUCACACUACUUGUGUAGAAUUAUCUGUGAUCGCGGGUGAGGUUUACAGGUGCAGUGGUUGUUGAUAGAUAAUUAUGUUUGAAUAUGUAUAGUUGUUUUGCUUGGCGAACCCUGACACCACACAUGGUGAAAGUAGAAUAAGAGUUUGUUCAUAUAUGAGAUCUGAAUAAAAGACCAAUUUCACUUUGCUUCAAUAAAUUACUGAGAUUUGUUUUGCAGUUAAGAUGCAAA